AUGUCAAUAAAAACUACAACCGACAGCCAGUUUGGUGGCCAGCUGAUUGGUGUUUACUCGGAAAACCCUCGUCCCCUUUGGCUAGCCAGUUUUGAUCAUGCAGAAAACUUUGAAUUAGAAAAUAAAAUACACGACUAGCUAGCCACGGCAACUGAGCCCUACUUCGCUAUAAAUAAGCAAUCUACCACUUCUGUCUACUGUAAACAGACAAGCUGAAUUGCACCAUUUCCUGAGGUCCUGCCCCCCAGCCUUCUCUGAAGCGAUCUCUGCCCCUGUAGCAGCCUUCACACCACACACAGAAACACACGUACACACACGUACACACACGUACACACAGGUACACACACGUACACACACGUACACACACGUACACACACGUACACACACGUACACACACGUACACACACGUACACACACGUGGGCCUCUGGACGAGGAUGACAAUGGAAGAGAUGAAGAAUGAAGCGGAGAUGACCUCGAUGGUUUCCAUGACACUCUACACUGUGAUGUACCCCGUCUUCCACGAGUUGGAGAGAGUGAACCUGUCGGCCGCACAGACCCUGAGGGCAGCGUUUAUAAAGGUAAGGACCCAUACACCAAAUCACUCUUCAUGGGACAGGACAGCGUUUAUAAAGGUAGGGAGGUGGAGGGACAGGACAGCAUUUAUAAAGGUAGGGAGGUGGAGGGACAGGACAGCGUUUAUAAAGGUAGGGAGGUGGAGGGACAGGACAGCAUUUAUAAAGGUAGGGAGGUGGAGGGACAGGACAGCGUUUAUAAAGGUAGGGAGGUGGAGGGACAGGGACAGGACAGCAUUUAUAAAGGUAGGGAGGUGGAGGGACAGGACAGCGUUUAUAAAGGUAAGGAGGUGGAGGGACAGGACAGCAUUUAUAAAGGUAGGGAGGUGGAGGGUCAGGGACAGGACAGCGUUUAUAAAGGUAAGGAGGUGGAGGGACAGGACAGCAUUUAAAGGUAGGGAGGUGGAGGGACAGGACAGCAUUUAUAAAGGUAGGGAGGUGGAGGGACAGGACAGCAUUUAUAAAGGUAAGGAGGUGGAGGGUCAGGGACAGGACAGCAUUUAUAAAGGUAAGGAGGUGGAGGGUCAGGGACAGGACAGCAUUUAUAAAGGUAGGGAGGUGGAGGAACAGGGACAGGACAGCAUUUAUAAAGGUAAGGAGGUGGAGGGUCAGGGACAGGACAGCAUUUAUAUAGGUAAGGAGAUGGAGGGACAGGACAGCAUUUAUAAAGGUAGGGAGGUGGAGGAACAGGGACAGGACAGCAUUUAUAAAGGUAAAGAGAUACAGGGACAGGACAGCAUUUAUAAAGGUAAGGACUCAUACACCAAAUCACUCUUCAUGGGAAAGGACAGGAGUUUAUGAGAAACAGAAUAGUCCUGAGGGGUAUUUUAGGAAGCAGGAUGAGAUGUUUCUACAACUUGAUUGGAGUCCACCUGUGGUACAUUCAAUUGAUUAGACAUGAUUUGGAA